GCCGCGGAGCCGCCGGGGCCGCGCCGGGCGGGAGCGGAGCCGAGUCCCUCAGAGAGACAGCCCUGUGAAAUUCAUGAACCAACAUGCUUGGCAGAAGACCUAAAAAGAGCCCGCAGGCAAAGGGCCAGGGAGCUGCAGUUGCGAAGCAGCUGGGGCUGUUUGUAGAGUUCAAUCCUGAGGAGAUGCUGUUGGGAGCAGAGGAAGGUGUGGAUGAUGGAGACCUGGAAGCAGAGCUGGCUGCUCUCACAGGAUCAACAGUAAAAGAAGGGAAAUUGAAACCAAAGGGGAAAACUCCUCUUCCCAUGGAUCAUAUUGAAAAGAUGGCUGCAGAGUGUAUGAAGGACCUGAAUGAAGAUGAGGAGGAAGAUGCAGAUGAUGAAGACUUGGAGAAAGAUACAGACCUGUUGGCAGAAUUGCAAGAAGUUCUGGGGGAGGAGGGUGAGACAGGAAGCUGUGAGGAUGAACUGAUAGCAACAGAGCCAUCCCCACCUGAACCAGAGGAUGAACAAACUGAGCUGCAAUCACAGACCUCCUCACUUCCUGCUGUUACCAGUGAGCUACAGCAGACCCUGGAGAGGAGAAUUGCCGACUACAGGACAGCGAUUUCCAAUGCCAGGGAGUCGGGUGAGGGGGCCAAAAUCCGCCGCUACGAGAGAGGCCUGAAGACACUGGAAACCAUGCUGGCUGCAGUGAAGAAAGGCAAAAAAAUCAAUGAGGAAGAAAUGCCACCUCCUGUUGCAACAGGAAAGAGUUCUUACAUAUCUCAAACCACAGGAGUGGAACCAGAGAAUUCAGGAGAUUCCCCAGAGGAUAAAGCUGAGUGUGCUGCAGAUGAUGAGCAGCAGAGCUCUCCUGAGGCAGUGGAGCAGCUGGAAUCAGAGUCUCUGCAAGGUCAUGCUGCCACUAAUCCUGCUGUGGAAACAGAUCUCCAGCACAGCAGCACACGAGCAAUGCUGCUCAUGAGGCAGAAGGAGUACAAAUUAGCAGCUCUAAAAGCCAAGCAGCAAGGGGACCUGGAGAGAGCAAAGGAAUACAUGAGGGCAGGCAAGAAAUUUAAUGUGGUCUUGGAAGCUUUGGGCAGUGGACAGCCAAUAGACCUCCAGAAUAUGCCUCCAUCUCCUCAGGAUCUUGAAAGUUUAGGAAAUGUACAAGAUGCAUCCAAGCAAAAGGUACCGCCUCGAGUGGGAAGUUCCCAGGAUCUUGCAACAGCUGAACCUCGGUCCCAAGAAGCUUCAGAUUCCCUGCAGCAGCCAAAAACGGUGCUGGAGGCGCUGCAGCAGCGGCUGGACAAGUACAAAUCAGCAGCAGCACAGGCCAAAGCGAGCGGGGAUGAGCGGAAGGGCAGGAUGCACGACAGGAUUGCCAAGCAAUACCAGGAUGCCAUAAGAGCCCAUAAGGCAGGGAGAAAAGUGAAUUUUUCUGAGCUACCUGUUCCUCCUGGGUUUCCCCCUCUUCCUGGUGUUGCAGCAACAGAUGGUGGCAGCACAAUAGCCUCUGUUCUGGAAAGUGCCAGCAGACUGGCAAACAUGGAGGAGAAUGAUGAAGAGGAGGAGAGUGAACCUCUGCCCCAGGCCCCAGUGGCCAAGAAGCCUGCCCAGCUGCCUGGGAAGCCCACUCAGGUUGUGAAGCCCAUUCCAGUGUCUGCUGCAGCUGAGGAGAGCUCCCCUGAGCACCUGAAACGAGCUGCAUCACCCUCCACCCUGGACAAGGCAGAGUCCCUGGAUCAUCUCCCUCCAGCUGUCAGGGAACAGCUGGAAUUCUUGGAGAACAGGAAGAAACAAUACCUGAAGGCGGCCAUCAAAGCAAAGAGGGAAAAUAACCUGGAACAGGCAAAGACAUAUCUCAGAACAGCGAAGGGCCUCGACCUAAAGAUUGAACAAGCCAAACAUGGCAAACCUGUAGACAUUUCCAAGCUGCCGUCACCCCCUACAGAUGAUGAGGGCGAUUUUAUCUUCGUGCACCAUGAAGAUGUCAGACUGUCUCAAAAAGCAGAUGAAGUAUAUGCACAGCUUGUAAAAUUGCUGAAGGACCAACAUGAGAGGUGUUUGCAGUAUUCCAAGCAAUUCAUGCAUCUGGGAAACGUAGCAGAAACAACUCGGUUUGAGAAACUGGCACAAGGCUGUAAAAAGGACAUGGAAAUCCUCCAGCUUGCACGAGCACAAGGAAUGGAUCCUCCAAGCCAUCACUUUGAGGAAAGAACCUUUAAAAUGAUAAGGAUAUUUUCUGAGCUCAACAGCACAGAAAUGCACCUUCUUAUUGUCAGGGGGAUAAACCUACCAGCUCCUCCAGGUGUGUCCCCCAGAGAUCUGGAUGCCUUUGUGAAGUUUGAAUUCCAGUACCCAAGUGCGGAACAACCUCAAAAGAGUAAAACACCUGUAAUUAACAAUAACAAUUCUCCAGAAUACAACCAGCUGUUCAAGUUGAACAUCAACCGGAAUCACCGCGGCUUCCGCCGAGCGAUUCGGUCCAAAGGGAUUAAAUUCGAAGUAUUUCACAAAGGGUCCUUUUUCAGGAGUGACAAGCAGGUGGGGACAGCACACUUGAAACUGGACAAGCUGGAAUCAGAAUGUGAAGUUAGAGAGAUCAUUGAGAUUUUUGAUGGCAGGAAGCCCACUGGUGGGAAACUGGAGGUAAAAGUGAGACUCAGGGAGCCCCUCAGUGGUCAAGAUCUUCAAACAGUUACAGAAAACUGGCUGGUCCUGGAGCAUUAGUUCUGUGUGAGAUCCAUUGGAAUGUCAGAAGCCGUGGGCUGAAGGAACGUAGAAGAUGCUGCUAAGCUGCAAGCACCAAAGAUGUUAAAGAAUGCACUACUGAACCUAAUGUCUAUUUUGGUAACAGCCAUAGUGCUUAUUAAUACCCUCAAGGCAAACGGGAGGCUCUGGGAAGUGCUGCUGCAGGGCUUGGGACCAGUCUACACAAAAUAGACAGAGUUGCCUUAAUGUGGGACUACUAAUGUAGCACCAGGACGAAUGUUACAUUAACUAUGCAGAGUGCUGUGGGAGAAGUUUAGCCCCUUAAGAAUUCCCUGAGACAGUGCAAGAGCUUUUUGGUCAAGUCACAGGUAAGACUUUCACCAGAAUUCCUUUUUCCAAGUGUCCGAGCAGCUGCUGCGGUUCAGCGAACAGUCUGCUACUGCUUUUUCUGUUCUCUCCUGUCCAGGCCUGUUUGGGUUGGGUUUUUUUUUUUGUUUCCUAAAACAGGAGAGAUCUCAGGCAGCAAUUUAGGGGUGUGAGUCCUUCCUCUGGGCAUGCCCUUGGCACCUGAGGUUCCAAAGGCUGCAGGGCUCCUUGGCAGCAGGUGUUUACAGACCCACAUUUUUGUUCUGGCUACCAGUUGUCUGCCGUGCUUGCUGCACUGCUUGUUCAGCACAGAAGGGUACUGUGCCUUCAUCCUUUGUUUUGUUGAGGUUUUAAUUUAAAAAAGAAGAAGAAAAAAAAGUACACUAAACUCUGCUGCUUCCCAAAUGUUCCUUGUCUUUUUACAAGAAUAGGCUUUUAAAAUUCUUCCAGGUGAUGGGAAAAAUAGUCAUUCUUUGUCAUGUAGAAGACUGGAUCAUGACUUAUUUUCAGGAAUGCUUUUGAUCAGCACACAAAAAGUGGUACUAAAUCUGUUUGUGUUUUUACAUCUCUCUGAGUGAACAGAAACCAGGGAUCUGCCA